AUGUACUUGAUCACUGUGUUUGGUAACCUUUUCAUCAUCUUGGCUGUCCUCUCAGACUCCCACCUCUACACUCCCAUGUACUUCUUCCUUUCCAAUCUGUCCUUAGUGGAUAUCUGCUUCACCACCACCACCAUGCCCAAGAUGCUUGUGAAUAUACAUACACAGAUUAAAGCCAUAACCUAUGAAGACUGCAUCACACAGAUGUUUUUUGUCAAUGUAUUUGCAGUGUUGGAUGAUUUACUUCUGACAGUGAUGGCCUAUGAUCGCUUUGUGGCCAUCUGCCAUCCUCUACACUAUACAGUCAUCAUGAACCCCAGACUCUGUGGACUGAUGCUUCUGGGGUCGUGGAUCAUUAUUGUCUCCUUAUUUUAUUGUACUAGUCUGGGUGUGUAUCUUGGCUCUGCUGCUACCCACAAUUCACAGUCAAGUUCAAUAGCCUCAGUGAUGUAUGCUGUGGUUACACCCAUGCUAAACCCUUUCAUAUAUAGUCUAAGGAACAAUGACAUAAAGAGGGCUCUGAAGGCAUUCUUGUUCAAAGGAACUAUAAAUGGAGAAUUGACCUAG